AUGAACGCUAGUACUUCGAUUUCAAUUCGUACGACCGAUUUCCGAUUGCGAAUUUGUUUCGCUUCGAAAGUGGAUAUCAGGUUCGUUCCUUCGCUGGAAGUAACAUUUUUAACAGAGAUUGAACUGCUGUCAAGACUCCAUCACUACCAUGUGGUGCCAUUACUUGGGUACUGUUUAGAAUACCAAUACCACACAAAACAGCCUGAAAUGCUUUUGGUGUUUGAAUACAUGCCAAAUGGCAACCUGAGAGAGUGUCUGGAUGGGGUUUCAGAAAAAUGUCUAGACUGGGGGGCCCACAUUGCAGUAGCCAUUGGAGCUGCUAGAGGGUUGGAAUAUCUUCAUGAAGCAGCUGCACCAAGAAUCUUGCAUAGAGAUGUUAAAUCCACUAACAUUCUAUUGGAUGAAAACUGGAGAGCAAAGAUUACUGAUCUGGAAAUGGCUAAGAAAAAAUCCAGCAGGAGUACAGAAGCUCAUAGGUGGUCAACAGUUGAUCUUGACCACCCUCAGAUCAUAAACAAACAUAACUAUAGCAUUUUUUCAGCUACAUGGAACGUAGGAGGAAAAUCCCCUUCCAACAAAAUGAAUCUUGGUGAGAUUCCAAUUCUUUUGGAAUGUUCUGUUGGAAUCACAGAAGUUGAUGCUUGA